AUGGCCCCCGGAGCGGACGGCAAUACCGUCUACCUGACCGAGCAAGAAGUACAACGCAUUCAAACCACAGUAAAGGAAAACGUCAAGAAGCGGACGGAACUCCGCGGCCAUGCCCGCGAACCGAGGCAGGCAAAGGAUGCCAUCAGCCAGGCGACCGGGGCCGCGCUGAUGGCCGACAUGGGCAGCAUGUCCAUGGAUCAGUCUAAGGAGAGCAUUCCCGCUCUCGCCGUCGGGCAGCCAUACCCGCCCUGCACCGCUCCGCUCAAGGAGUUGCAGCCGAUGAAGCUGGCCGACCUCACCCUCGAAACUCACCACCGCGGGCGCCAGCUGUCCGUCAAGCGGGCCAGUCCGGUCGUCACGCUGGCGUCUAGGUCGUGGACUAUGGUCCAGGACGACGCCGAGGAGACGGAGCGGUUGGAAAUUGUCCUGCACAAGACGCUGCACGGCAAAGACGUCCUCGAGUCGGCAUCGACCUUUAUCAUCAAGGAACCCUACUUUACGCUCACCGAGGAGGGCGAGCCGACGCUCCGCAUCGACCAUCCUUCCGACCUUGUCGUCCUCCACGACGCCGGCAACGAUCAACCCACCCUCCCCCCCGACGUCUCUCCAGACGAGAUCGAGAAGCGAGCGCUCGCCCACAAGCAGAAGGGCAACACGGCGCUCGGCAAAAACGACCUCCCCCUCGCCCACGCAUCUUACACGGCCGGCCUGGCCCUCGCCGCGCGCCUCCCCACCGCGGACCUCAGCCGGGACCUGCACCGUAACCGCGCACAUGUGAACCUGCUGCUCGGGCAGUUUGACGAGGCCAGGUCUGAUGCUCUGGCCGCGCUCAUCCCGACCAGAGAGGAAGGCGGAGGAGGGGCGGAGCAGCAGAAGAACGAGGCGGAGGCCGCUAAUGACGACGACGCGCGCGUCGCCGAGCUCAACGCCAAGUGCUACUUCCGCGCCGGCACCGCCGCCUACAGCCUGGCGCGCUUCGCCGAGGCCCGCGACCUGUUCGAGCGCCAGCUGCGCCUGAUGCCGCAGGACAAGGGCGCGGCGGCCAACCUGGCGCGGUACGGCGCGCUGGCGGCCAUCACGUACGACGUGCGGGACGACCGGAUCCGCGUGGCGCCGGUCGGGCUGGAGCGGGUGGUGGUGGAGCGGGCGGUCAAGAACCCGUCGCUGAUCGGGGACCUGAUGGACCUGUACGGCGACUGGGACGGCGGCGAGGCCAAGGGCGUGCGGGAGACGGAGGACGGCCCGGUCGUGGAUGUGUUCCGGGUGCACGACAUCGUCGCCAGGAACGGCUUCGGCGUCGACAGCAGGGACGGCCGCGGGGGAGGGGGAGGACCGGGACAGGGAGGCAGCGGCGGCGGCAGCGGCGGCGCUGCGGGGCUCUGGAUCCGCGCCGCCUACUUUAACCACUCCUGCGUCCCCAACACGGAGCGCGAGUUCAUCGGCGACCUGAUCGUGGUCCGCGCGCUCCGGGACAUUGCCGCCGGGGAGGAGCUGGUGCAGAGCUACGACGUGACCGGGGACUACGAGGGCAGGCGGGAGGCUCUGAUGACCACGUGGGGUUUCGAAUGCAACUGCGCGCUCUGCGAGGCCGAGAGGACGGAUGAUGUGGCAGUGAGGGAGAAACGGAGCAAGCUGGCCAAGGAGGCGGACGAAUUCCUCAAGACCGUCGGCACGCUGGCCAGCAAGAGGCUGGCCAUCGCCAAGGCGAGGCGGCUGGUGGCGGCCAUCGACGAGACGUACGACGACAAGAAGUACCGCGAUCUGCCUCGUCUGGCGAAUCGCCUGCUCCAGCAGUGGCUUUCGGCUGCCAAUCGCCAGCUAUGA